AUGAUGCAGUGCCUGCAUGAAGUGGUCCGUCGAUGGUCUCCUACGCCCACCACCUCCGCGGUGGCUGAUGGUGCUGUCGAUGGCGACGACAGCGACGCAUGCCGUGUGAAGAGGCGCAGGCGCGCGGCAUGUAAACGGGCAGCGGAGUCCGAGGGCGUGAUGCCGUCAGCGGCAUGCACAUUCAUGGCGAAUCAUCGACUUCUCACCGCGGUGCUGAGCGUGCUCAAGCGGAUGGACCUGUGCGUCAUGGAAGCAGAGAUUAAAAGUUCACCGCAGAACACAUCUGCUGCAGCGGCAUCAGUUGGUGCGGCAGCAACGGCGACGCGCUGCACUGAUGGCAAGCCGCCUCAGCAGCAGCCGCAGCAGCACCCUUGUGACCGUCUUUUGUUACACAAAACGCCGUUCCCCGCGCGUCUCUCUCGGCUGCUGCUGCAGUGGCUCUCGCGCGAGGUGUCGCGCAUGGACGCUACGGCGUCGCUGCAGAUUCUCCACCUCCUCGCGCAGCAGCGGCUGUUGCACAUGGAAGCGGUGCUGAAGACGCUCGUGGACUCCAUCGUCGUCCACUUGGAACGGUGCGGCUCGGCGGGAGCCGCGACGCCGGGGUCAGAGUCCACCGCCCAGGCGUUCACGCUGGAGGAGUACAGUCUUCUCUUCGAUACGCUGGCGCGCUUCCAGGCACAACUCCUACGUCUUUCGUAUCUGCGGCAGUUCGCCGCACAAGAGCCCCACGGCGUCCACCCCUCCGCUGCCGAACCGCGCGAUGGCACGAGUGUGGUCGACGCUGAAGGUACAGAGGCCACCGAUCCGUGUUUGGUGUCCGCCACGGCAGCGGUGCGGCGCCGCGCGCUCGAGCAGGGCAACCAUCCCGUGGCGAACGGCCGUCUGUUCCACCACCUGGCGGAGGCUCUGUCGCUGACACUGAUGAACGGCCAGCAGGGGCAUCUCCCUGCAUCAAUGGCAGGCGCGGCAACGAACUCCAUCGACGCGGCAGACACGUCGGCCCGCCUGCUGAGAAUGAACGCCACCAGCUUCCUCUUCCUGACUCGGGCGCUGAGCAAGCUGCAGUGGUGGCACGACGGCCUCGCCGCCGCGCUCGCGGCGCCGCUGACGGGGUACGUCCGCGCCCACCCCGAGUCUGCCCUUGUUGUGGUGGGGCUUGUUGGCCGGCGCGAGAACCGCAGCGGCGAUGUUGCCUUGCUGGAGGUGCUGCAAGACAGCCUCAUCACGCUGCUGCUGCGUCGUCGCGCCGCGUUGAAGGCGCGUACGGAAAUGGGGCGGGCACCGCGGCAGGGCCGAGCGGCAGGGAUGGACAGCGACGCCGGCGUGGAAGUCGGCACCAGCGGCCUUGUUUCGCAGUGGGCCCAGCACCGCGGAGACGGCGCCACGGGCGAAUCGACGCAUCACACCACGAGGGCGGGCACCAACGACGGCGACGAUCACGAGGCGGUGUUGGCGGAGUGGGAAGAAGGCGGGGAAGCGGACCUCCGCCUGUUCUCCUCCGCUGCGUCCGACGCCGCGCCUACGACUCACCGCAGAUCGCACGGGCUUUUCGCCGCCGCUGUCCCCACGGCGUCGAGUACGCCUGCGGUGGCGGCCUCGACGCCGUGCGGUGUCACCCCAGCGCCGCCACCGGAGCCGCCCGCCGCCAACUCGGCGGCGUCGCUCACGUUCAUUGACCUGCACGCCCUCCCCGGCACCGUAGAGGCGCUCUGCCGCUUUCACAUGCGCACAGUUGCGGUGGCUCCGCCCCCACGCGAGGCGGGAGCAGGGGCGGCGGGGACGUCAGGAGAGGACGUGCGUGUGCGGCUGGUGCGCACGAUGCGGGAGCUGCUCGGCUUGAUGCUUGAUGACACCUCGCGCGGCAUCACGUCCCUCGACGCCGUCGCGCGCACCCUUGCGCCGGCGUUUCUGUCGCGGGUUCUGCUGACGCUGCUGGAGGCGACAGCGCAGCUGCCGCAGGCAUGGGGCACCAUCGGUCUGCCCGACGCGUUGUUGCUGCGCCGCGGCGAAUACACAAACACUGCCACGGUCGAUAACCCGCAUCACCCACUCGUGAUCGAGCUGGCGUAUGCCUGGAUUCUGCAGGUGAUGCGGCAUCGCCGCCCGCCACGGCCGCCGUCCACCUCCCAGACGGACGAGCGCACGGCAGCGGCGGCGGUGGCAUACCACCGAAUAGCAGCCUCGGCCUACUGGCGACGCGCCGUCGUCGUGCAUGAGGCGUUGGUGAAGGGUGGUCUUCUGUGCUGCACUCGCCCGCACGCGGCGUACGCAAGCGACCCCGCCGCCGCUCUGAGAGGCAGGUACUACAUGCCAGACGACAUUCUGCGUGCCGCGCCGCGGGUCAACGCGGCCGUACAGCUCGCCAAGACGCGGAUCGAGGCGAAGCGUGAGUGGGAGGCGGCUGAGAGGCCGGAAGUGGAGGAGCAAGAGCAACACAAAGCCGCAGCAUCGCGAUACGCAUCUGCAGCGAUUCGGGUCUCUGCGCAGCGGCGGCGCGCCUCCGCAGCUUCGUCCUCCUCGCGUUCCCCCCAGCAUCAGGGUCGCCGUGCAACGGCUGAGCAGCCAGCGCGGACGACUGAUGUCUUUGCCGGCUACACCAAAGCCAUCUCUCGCUUGCUGUAA